AAUAGAUUGGGUUACAGUUAAUAUGUCUAACAAAGUUCCUUGAUAUUAACCCGUUAUUACUAUUUUAAGACAAUGGAAAGUGGCGACAGAAUUUUGGUGGCUGCAGGACUUACCGCCGCAGUGGUGGUCGGUGCCUUCGUUCUGUGGGGUCCUGGGGGUGCGCCUCGCGUCCGCAAGCGCCGGGGACAGAUUGCAGGCUUGCAGAACUUGGGUCGAACGUGUUUUCUCAACACACUCCUACAAGCACUGGCCGCUUGUCCCACUUUCAUAGAAUGGUUGAAGAAGUACGCAAAAAUGGAUGCUCACAACAGUAUGAUCACUACAUUAUACACAGUUAUUGAAGUUGUGAAUGGUACACAUGAGUCUGCACGCGGCACUCCUGUGUGUCCCCUGGGAGUGUUGCAGGCCCUGAGGGCAGCAGGCUGGGUGGUGCCUGCCGACCAGCAAGAUGCACAUGAACUGAUGCAUGUGCUGCUCUCCUGCAUUGAGGAGGAGACUACUGCUAUGGCUCGUAAGCCGGGUUGCCUGUCGGAUGCGUUGGGGCUGAACGGUGCGCGCGCGUGGUCGGCGCUGGCGUCCCCCGCGUCUCCCCCCGCGGGCCCCGCGCCCCCGGGCCCCGCGCCCCCGGGCCCCGCGGGCCCCGCGGGCCCCGCCCCCGGGGGCGCCGCCCGCGCCGGCUCCACGCCGCCCACGCCCUCCGCGCUAGUCGCGCGCCCGGCGUCCGCCGCGCCGCCCGACGAGCCAGACCUUGUCGAUCCAGACCCCCCCGAGCCGGCGCGGCUCACGAAGGGCGUGUCUCGCUCGUUCUGCCACCUGAGCUCCGUGGGGCGGCGCUGGGGGCUGCCCCCCGCGCGGCCCCCGCCGCCCCCCGCCGCCCCCUUCCGCGGCACGCUCGCCUCGCGCCUCCACUGCACAGUCUGCAACGCCAAGAGCCCGGUCCGGUACGACAAGUUCGACAGCAUCUCACUGUCGAUGUCUAACGCCAGCGUUGGACUCACCGGCUCCUACAGUUUACCUGGUCUGUUGCGAGCGUUCACUGCGCCUGAGAUGGUGAAGGGCGUCCGCUGCAGCAAAUGUUGUCCCGAGCGACCCCCCGACGACCCCACCGCGGCCGCCACCACCGGGCUCCCCACCAAGCACAUCCGCACGCUCAGCUUUGGAAAGUUGCCGUGCUGCCUGUGCGUGCACGUGUCGCGCGUGGAGUGGGCGGGCGGCGCCCUCACCAAGCGACCAGACCACGUGGCCUUCCCGGAGACGCUCUCCAUGGCGCCCUACGCCGCCCUGCCGCAGAACAAGCCGGAGUUAGUGUCGCUGGUCGACGGGCGUCUGCGCAGUGGUCUGUCAGCAUUGAAUGCUGGCAACCCUGGAGCUGGUGCAGCAGCAGGCGGCGAGGACCGCGCGCUGUACCGGCUGGUGGCCGUCGUGGUGCACGUGGGCGGCCCCAGGUCCGGACACUUCGCUACCUACCGCAGGGGGAACGGAUUUGAGGCUAAAAGAUGGUGGUACACAUCAGACACCCUGGUGCACGAGGUGUCCCUGCAGGAAGUGUUACGGUGUUCCGCCUACAUGCUGUUCUACGAGCGCGCCCGGCCGGACCUCUCCGUCGGACACUCGCCCGCGCACUCGCAACUCUUCUAAAUACUUCAGCUGCUGAAGGUACUACCAGUUGAGCUGAUCUUGCCUUCUUCGUCCAAGUAGUACAUAUAACUCUUCUAAUCCCCACCUCUUCAGCUGCUGAAG